AUGUCCGGUGGAUCGUGCUCCGCGAACAGUUCCAUCAGCGGCGAUUCAGACAGUCGUUCCCGUCGUUCGUCUGCCGCGUUGCCAAACUGGACUAAUCCGGCAUUGUACAAGACGCGGUUAUGUGAUCACUACCGACGCAAGAGCGAAUGCAAGUAAGCUUUUGUUAUUUCGUGUUGGUUUUUAGACAUGCAAGGACAACAGAGUUGCGUUUACUGGUGUUAUAGUAGACCAAAUGCUUUGGGGGAUAUUUCCGGCUGGACUAUUUAUUGUACCUGGAGAUUUUGGAGUUAUUAUCUUGUUACCAUCAAGCAGCUCUGUAAAACGUUUCAUUGGAAUUAACCUAUAACUCUUUAGAUUCGGGCGAAAAUGCUGGUUUGCUCAUGGUCGUCAGGAGUUGCGUCAAGUUCCUCGGUUGGACAUGCAUCCCGAGGCGGAAGUGGAUGCUCUUGCGCAAGUUAUCGAAGCAUUACCCCCUUCAAGAUGUCGUGAGGGUAAGAUUUUAUUAUUUUUUCUUGGUUUUUAGACCUUUCCGAUGUUACCCAUCAAAACCUUGACUACAGGAAGAAAAUUAUUAGAAUCUUACGUUGCUAUUGAAGUUUUUGGUGUAGCUUCCGUUUUAUUAGCUGAUCAAGAUCACAUCCUAUCAGAGAAUAUCAACUUUCUCCAAGAUUUUGUUAAUUUCGCAGGUUGCGAGCGAUUUUUAUAUUGUUCAUGGUUUAGUCGCCAUGAACAAGGGUCAUCAGCUCACUCAACAGAUGCUGGCCAACCAUGAUCGAUACUCCACGCAUGGUGGGCAUCUUCACGUCCAAUGGGACAAUGUUGAGACUCCACCACCUCCAGUUCACACGAUUCCGCAGAUCGAACGUCUGAGGAAACAACUGCAAGAUGUGGAACAUCAAAGAACGAUAUCGCAUGAUGGGUCCUAGUGAGUUUGGGAUUGAAAAUUUAUGUAGGGUCAUUUUGGUAGUAUUCGGUUCUGUUUUCGACUUGAUUUCAUAGUUUUACAUAAUUAUUUUGGAUAUUACACUAGACAAUAAUUUUUAAAAUUUUAGCCAGUCCCUGAAUUCCACAUUCGAUUCGGACAUGACCAACUGUCUUUCAAGCCCAUUGCCACCGAUGGUCACGCCGCUGAAGAGUCGGCAUCGAUACGAGAGCAGUGAUCUUCCAGAUAUGGUGGAUUUGCACGAUGAGACCUCCGGAUCCCUCGAUGAACACACUGUUUUGCCGGAAAUUAAUGACGAUGACUCUGUGUUCCAUUGUAAAGUGGUAAGGAGAGAUUUGAGGUUGUUCUGAGAGAUUUAUUAUAUUAUACUUGACAUCGGAUUCGAAUUUUUCGAUUUUUUUGUAUUUUUUGAGGGGUGUUGGUGCGAAAAAGCUUUGUGGUGGAAUGAGUGAUGAUUUCUCUAUUUUUAGGCAAAAUCCCCAGUCCAUACGGUGGAUUCCGCGACCAAUACCGACCCCCAUUUCUGCUUCGACGACAAGUCCGUAAGAGCCGCUGCGGGCUUCAGCAAGAUCAACCCCAGUGAAUAUGGAUGCUUCCUGGAAUAUGGGGGCCUGCCAGUCCGUUUCGACCGCUUCACUCACGCAUUUGCCUAUCCGGAGUAA